UAGGUCCGCCCCGAGGCACUGAGGACCAAUGGGCACCUGGGCAGCGGCGGGCCAAUCCCGGGCCGGGUGCACCGCGCAGCAGCUGCAGUUGGGCGCGUGGCGUCGGUGGCAGCGGUUGAGGUCUGGUGACGGCGUUGGGUAGCAGCUGAACUCACCAUGCGCGAGUGCAUCUCUAUCCACGUGGGGCAGGCAGGUGUCCAGAUCGGCAAUGCCUGCUGGGAACUGUACUGCCUUGAACAUGGAAUUCAGCCCGAUGGUCAGAUGCCAAGUGACAAAACCAUCGGUGGUGGGGAUGACUCGUUCAACACGUUCUUCAGCGAGACUGGGGCUGGCAAGCAUGUGCCCAGAGCGGUGUUUGUGGACCUGGAGCCCACCGUGGUCGAUGAAGUGCGCACAGGGACCUACAGGCAGCUCUUCCACCCAGAGCAGCUGAUCACCGGGAAGGAGGACGCAGCCAAUAAUUACGCCAGAGGCCAUUAUACCAUCGGCAGGGAGAUCGUCGACCUGGUCCUGGACCGGAUCCGAAAACUGGCGGAUCUGUGCACGGGGCUGCAGGGCUUCCUCAUCUUCCACAGUUUCGGGGGCGGCACCGGCUCUGGGUUUGCGUCCCUGCUCAUGGAGCGGCUGUCGGUGGACUACGGCAAGAAGUCCAAGCUGGAGUUUGCCAUCUACCCGGCCCCCCAGGUGUCCACGGCCGUGGUGGAGCCCUACAACUCCAUCCUGACCACCCACACGACCCUGGAGCAUUCUGACUGUGCCUUCAUGGUGGACAACGAAGCCAUCUACGACAUAUGUCGGCGCAACCUGGAUAUCGAGCGGCCCACGUACACCAACCUUAAUCGUCUGAUCGGGCAGAUCGUGUCCUCCAUCACGGCCUCCCUGCGAUUUGAUGGGGCCCUGAACGUGGACUUGACGGAAUUCCAGACCAACCUGGUCCCCUACCCCCGCAUCCACUUCCCCCUGGCCACCUACGCCCCGGUCAUCUCAGCUGAGAAGGCGUACCACGAGCAGCUGUCUGUGGCCGAGAUCACCAAUGCCUGUUUUGAGCCGGCUAACCAGAUGGUCAAGUGUGACCCUCGGCACGGCAAGUAUAUGGCCUGCUGCAUGUUGUACAGGGGGGACGUGGUCCCGAAAGAUGUCAACGCAGCCAUCGCCACCAUCAAGACCAAGCGCACCAUCCAGUUUGUGGAUUGGUGCCCAACUGGAUUUAAGGUGGGCAUCAACUACCAACCCCCCACCGUCGUCCCCGGAGGGGACCUGGCCAGGGUGCAGCGGGCCGUGUGCAUGCUGAGCAACACUACCGCCAUUGCCGAGGCCUGGGCCCGCCUAGACCAUAAGUUUGACCUCAUGUAUGCAAAGCGAGCCUUUGUGCACUGGUACGUGGGGGAAGGCAUGGAGGAAGGGGAGUUCUCCGAGGCCCGGGAGGACCUGGCAGCUCUGGAGAAAGAUUAUGAAGAGGUGGGUGUGGAUUCCGUGGAAGCAGAGGCUGAAGAAGGGGAAGAAUACUGAAUGGAGACAUGGCUGGCAGGCAUUCCUCUCUCCCUCUCUCUCUUGCCACCCUGCAGCACAGGUGGUUUUCAGUUGUUUCCAAUUAAAGUUUCUGUAUGAAA